AUGAGUGAUAACGAGAACGGUGAAUUCGAGACGCCACCGACGAGCAGCAAAGCAAUGAAAGGUACUCCUGAUAUAUCUACGGAAAUAUAUCGCAUUGGCGUAAAAGUUCCCAUAUUUUGGCCGGAGAAACCUGCGGUAUGGUUCGCUCAAAUGGAAUCUCAGUUUAGCGUUGCCAAUAUUACAGCCGACGCAACCAAAUAUAAUCACAUCGUCGCGCAGCUUGAUUCGCAAUACGCCGCCGAGGUGGAAGAUAUUAUUGUUUCACCACCAGCUACCGACAAAUACAAGAAGAUUAAAGAGGAGCUAAUCAAACGACUCUCGGUGUCCCGGCAAAAGAAGGUAAAGCAGCUACUUAGCCAGGAAGAGUUGGGCGAUAGAAAACCUUCCCAAUUUCUCCGUCACCUACGUCAUUUGGCUGGCCCGAAUAUACCUGACGAGUUCCUUAUAUCUAUCUGGACGUCGCGCUUGCCUAACAACUUGCAAUUUGUGAUCGCAUCGAAGCCCAAUGAUCCUAUUGAAGAGCUCGCCGAGUUGGCUGACCGUGUCCACGACAUAGCAACUCCUCAAGUAGCAGCAGCGUCUGCGCCUGAUUCACAAAUGGCUAUCCUCAUGCGUCAAGUGAGUGAGUUGACUAAUGACAUGAAAACGCUGAAAAGUCAGUUUAAUAGUGACAGGCCGUCGCGAUCAAGAUCGCGCGCCUCCAGCAGGAAGCCUCGCAACCGCUCCAGCUCUCAGAGGUCGCAGUCAAGUUACCGCAAGUUUCCCGAGUGCUGGUACCAUGCGAAGUUCGGCGAGAAGGCUACAAGGUGCGUGAAGCCGUGCGACUAUCAAGCGGGAAACGAAAGGGGCACUCGAUAA